GCACGUUCAACACGCACGCAAGCGAGGGGAAGAAGAAUAUUAUAAAAUUAUGAUAAGUUAUGCCAAAGGUGUUUUCAUAAAAAUUUCUCGCCACCUCGGAACAAAGUAACCAACACGUGUACCAAUCUCCCGCAACUGGUGUUCGUGCUAAAAGUAUAAUAACCCGCCGUAUAUUGCCUGAUCGGGGGGGAAAAAUAACGAAGAAAUUUCACGAAGGUGUUGGUACGUGUAUAUGUAUCGCGCAACCUGUAUUUAUCUUAUGAACCUUAUGAUUAUAAUCGUCGUUCUCACGGGAUCAGGCGGAAUUCGAGGCAAAAUAUUUACUAUAUGUUGGAGACACGGCGCGCGACCGAUCGCAGUCGUGUUUCGGCUUUGGAACAGCGAUGGAUUUCUACGAGGCGAACGUCGUCAAGAGUUAUAGAUUGUAUCUGCUCCUAGUUGGCGUGUGGCCCUACGAAUAUUCGAAAGCGAACGAGAUGCAAAGGAUCGUGUACGUUACGUGCGUAAUUUCUUUUUUACUCGUUCAGUUUAAGGAAUUUUUUGACUACAUAAGGAUCGAUUUGAGCAAAUUGACGGAAACGGAAAAGAUUUUAAUAAAACGAACGUACAAGAAAUGUUCGUAUUAUUGCCAGAUAAUCUUUCUAUUCUGUUACUUCGUGGCCUUUGUAUUGAUGAUAAUCCAGGUGUUUCAAAUCGUUGAUUACGAGACAACAUCCAGAACGAACAGAACGAAUUAUUUUGAUCGAAUAAUUUUAACCGAAUAUUUUAUCGACCGUGAAAAAUAUUCUUAUCCCAUUUAUAUUCACUUAAAUGUAGCGAUAUUGUUGGUUUGUUCGAUGGAGAUUGGUACCGAUGUAUUACACGCGAUAAUAAUAACGCACAUUAUUGGAAUAUUCGACAAGAUUGGAUAUUUAACGAUACAUUUAUUCGACGAACCAGAAAUUACUUGUCAAAAGAUCGACAAACAUUUAAUUUACUGUAGAAGACUGGUGUAUAUCGUGAACUUGUAUAAGAGAAAUUUGAAAUUUUGCAAAAAGUACAAUUCUACCAUGGUUAUAUGUGGCGCUAUUCAACUAAUCUGGGGAACAUUAAUUAUCUCUGCCUUACUCUUGAAAUUGAGAAACGAGUUAUUGCCACACAAUCUACGAAUAAUGUUCAUAUAUUGCUUUUUCGUGAGUUUAUACUUAUUUAUCAUAUACAUGCUAAUAUUACCCUAUCAAAAAGUAUACGAGAUCAGUGAAACUUUGUUCUUCAAGGCCUAUUGCGGACACUGGUACUCGACCUCGGCCAAAACUCAGAAAUUGCUGUUAUUCCUUAUGCACAGAUUCAUGACACCGUACAAAUUCCGAUUUAAAAAUGUCGUAAUUGUGGUCGACCAAACGUAUCUAUCGAUGAUACGAAUCGGUUUCUCCUACUUCAUGUUCGUGCAUUCGAUCCAAGAAUAAUGGCGGUCGACGUUGAGCGUGACCGAUCAUCCGAUGGAUUUCGCAGGAAUCAUCGGUGAAUCAUCGUGAAACGGAACGGUACGAAGUACGUAUGCGGUGUCGGCACGGAUAUCACGGACUAAUUAAACCGAGAGGAUAUUGCGUAAGUGUAAUUACACCCUAAUUGUACGCGCCCUACGCGACCGAUACGCCACGAUUUUGUCACGCGCCGUGUUGUAUUUCGCAACCGCAAUGCUUGUUGCGUUUGCGGUACCCGAUUAUCGUGUGUGCUGUUCGUGCUGUUCUACGAGAUGCAACCGGAGGAAGGAGAGACGAUGUUACUUUUGUUAACAACCCGGCCUUCUCGACGACACCGAUUAAUAAAAUAACAUUAAGGAAUGUGAAAACGACGA